AUGAACAAGGAGGUUUGCAAGGUGGUUGGGCCGGAUAAGGAUUAUUAUUCCUUCAAGUUUUGGAGUGGAGAAGGUAUGUGGAAGGAUGAUUUGUUUUCAAACGCAAGAGAUGAUUGUUGUGCAAUAGACAGAUUGUUAUUCAGUUAUGAUUUUUACGGGAGAAUCAUGUGGUGUGACCCUUGGAGUGGGGUGAGGAAAGGGAGCAUGGAUUGGUACAAGGUGAAUGGUUUGGAAGAUCUUCUAAGGUUCCUCAAGUAUGACCGGACCAACAUAAAUACAAUCCUUUUCGAUGGGGAGAAGGCUGAUGCGUGGCAUUGCCAUAUGCUCAAGCGUGGUUACACAGACGGCCUCCUAGGCUUAAUUCCAGGCUUCAAAAUCAGCAAAUCCGCUGCUGGCAACAUUGUCAUCUUCUGGAGCGUGCUCGUCGGGGACAAGUUGCAGGUUUGGUGUGCCGAGAUUUCACUUGAGAGGCGGGAUAGCCAGAUUUGGGGGAUCAUCCAGUGCAUUCAUCAU